AUGAAGACCAGCAAAGUGAAGGAUAGUACCAGUAGGGCUUGCUCCUGCAAAACAGAGCUACCAGCCAGAUCCCAGGACACAAAGCAAAGCCCUACCAUGCCUACCUCGGUGCUGCUGUUCUGCUUGCUUUUCCUGACUGGCCUCAGCCCCAAUUCUGCCUCAGAGGACAACUGCAGCAACUUCUCCAUCACAUUGCCCAACAUGCUCCGAGACCUUCGAGCAGCCUUUGGCAAAGUGAAGAUUUACUUUCAAACAAAAGAUAAGCUGGAAAACAAAUUGAUAGACAGAACCUUGCUGGAAGACUUAAAGAGUUACCUGGGCUGCCAGACCUUGUCAGAGAUGAUUCAGUUUUACCUGGACGAAGUGAUGCCUCGGGCAGAGAAGAAUGAGCGGGAUGUCAAAGAGAACGUGGGCUCCUUAGGAGAGAAACUGAGGAUCUUCAGACUGAGGCUCAAACGCUGUCACAGAUUCCUGCCCUGUGAAGACAAGAGCAGAGCUGUGAAACAAGUCAAGAGCACCUACGAGAAGCUCCAGGAACAAGGAGUCUAUAAAGCAAUGGGAGAUUUUGACAUAUUCAUCAACUACAUGGAAGAAUACCUAACAAUGCAUUUCAGUAACUAA